AUGGCCGCGACCGUCCAAGCUAAUGCCAUAGAAGAGCAGCAAACUACACAGAACUCUAAAGUUCUGGAUACUACGACUGUCGCGCAUCAGAGCCAUGACGCCGAGAAAGCCGAUGAGCAAGAACCGCCUCCAGCACAGAGUACCAAGCCAUCGCUGGAAAGAUGGAACCAUCCGCGGAUAAAUAUGUUCCGCUUCUUGGUCACCAAUUAUUCAUUCAUUAUCAUGGGCAUGAAUGAUGCGUGCGUUGGUGCGCUGCUUCCCUAUAUUGAGGCCUAUUACAACAUAUCCCAUACUCUGAUGUCUACGCUCUUCCUCGCGUCCUUCGUUGGAUACUUCCUCGCGGCUCUCUCCAACAACCUCAUACACCACCACCUUGGCCAGCGUGGGGUUGCCAUUUCCGCGCCCAUCGCCCGCCUCAUCGGGUAUAUUCCCAUGUGUCUGCACCCGCCCUUUGCCGCGUUGCCGCCUAUAAUGCUGUUUCCAGGCUUUGGCAACGGCAUCGAAGAUAGUGCAUGGAACGCGUGGAUCGGCAACAUGGAGAAUGCUAACGAGCUACUGGGUUUCUUGCAUGGAUGUUAUGGCUUGGGUGCGACGAUUGGGCCGCUCAUUGCCACGGCCAUGGUGACGAAGGCUGGCUUGCCUUGGUACCAGUACUAUUACCUUAUGAUUGGGCUGACAGGGCUCGAAUUAGUCCUCACUACGACUUCAUUCUGGGGUGCGACGGGCGCAGUAUAUCGGGCUGCGCAUGUAGGUGCCAAUGGAGGCGCAAGGAUAACAACGCGAACAGUCAUGAAAUCUCCCAUAGUUUGGUUAGUGGCUUUCUUCUUCCUGGGCUACGUGGGGGCAGAGGUGAGUCUCGGAGGUUGGAUCGUGACAUUUAUGUUGGUUGUCCGGGGAGCCGAGGCCUUUCAAGCUGGGUUAACAGUAACUUUUUUCUGGCUCGGAUUAACUGUUGGUCGGGUGACUUUGGGAUUCGUCACAGGGAGAAUUGGUGAAAAACUUGCUAUUACGGUAUAUCUGAUGCUGUCCAUUGCGCUGCAAUUGUUGUACUGGUUGAUCCCAAGCUUUAUUGCAUCGGCGGUGUUUGUGGCUUUUGAAGGCUUCUUUCUCGGCCCUCUCUUCCCUGCUGCUGUUGUUGCGGCCACAAAAUUAUUACCGAUAGAGUAUCAUGUCUCCGCCAUUGGAUUUGCAGCAGCAUUUGGUGGUGGCGGGGCAGCCGUUUUCCCAUUUGCAGUUGGCGCCAUCGCAUCUACCAGGGGCGUCCAGGUCUUGCAGCCAAUCAUCUUGGCCAUUUUCGUAUUCAUCCUCGUCCUUUGGCUAGCAUUGCCUGGUGGUCUUCGGAGAGGCGGGCUUGAACACGCUCGAGACACUGACGAGAAGAUUGGUCAUCAACUUGAACGUGUAUAUAAGUGGUUAACACAGAGAUCUGGGAAGAGGGAGAGAAGCUGA